AUGUCAGUCAAUGGAAAAGUGCUAAAAAUUGAUCUGUUGAGCAGCGAAGGGUAUCAUCGGUUGUCAUCAAAUCUUAAGCCCCUCGAAGUUGUGCAGAAACGCAACAAGUUGACCCUCGAGCUGGACGACAACACUGGUGGCCAGUGCACUCGGAAGCUGGUCAACGAAUGGGAUAAGAAUUGCCUCGCAAAUCAUGUAUACUGCGGACAAGCCAGUGACUCUGCUUUCUUGCCUACGAGAUUGCUUGAGAUCAACGAUAUCAGCGAUCCCACUACCUAUACGGGCGAAGUCACUGGCGGACAGCUCGAGCUGAGAGGUCCCUGGGUCACCAUCGUCACAACAGGGAAAAAGGGCAUUCUGGACAACAAUAAUUUCCUGGCCCACUUCCAAUAUCUUGAUCCGAGUUCAGCGCUCGAGAAACCUCUCGUUAUUGAGACUGAUGACUCGGUCUAUCACGACACCGAGAUCAUCUACGAUACCCAGGACGACAUGGUGGAACAAGCCUUCUGCAUGCCUAUAUGUACAUGGCGGAAUGAGCUUCCUACCUGGCACUUUCGUGGCAUCGUUCUAGUGCCAGUAGAAGACGGAGGCUUUAAUUACCGCCGCAUCGGUCUGGUCGACGGUUUCUUCAAGACUGAAGAGGAAGCGCACACCUUCUUCUCGCAAUUCCCGCGAAGAAGUGUUACAGUUACAUGA